AUGCUUUUUACCUGUUUUUUCUUUUUUUUUGCUCUGUUUCCUCCUCUUCAUUGGUGUAUGUACGUUCCUGUACAGAACGUGCUUCUGCCGUUCAGCACACAAGUCAGGGAACGCUUGCUCUACACAGAUAACAGAAAGUAUGGGCUGUUCCUUGAAAUGAAACCUGACGGCUCCGUUAUAGGGUCUCCAGUAGAGAAGCUCAACUGUGUUUUCAGCUUGCGUUCAGUGAAAGCAGGGGAGACGGUCAUCCAGAGUGAGACUACAUCUCUCUUCCUCUGCGUGGAUGAUAAUGACAACUUGAAAGGACAGCCGCAUUACACUGAAGGAGACUGCACCUUUCAGGAAUUGCUGCAGUCAGAUGGAUAUUCUUUUUUCCUUUCUCCACACAAUAAGAGACCAGUGUCGCUCCUCUCAAAGCAGUCUGGGCAGAAACACGGUGCCCCACUGACUCGGUUCCUCCCUGUUAUGAAUACUCAGUUGGCAAUGGCGGGGAAAGGAGAGGACAGCCAGAUACAGGAGGUGAAACAGUAUAUUAAGGACAUAAACCUGGACUCUGACGACCCGCUAGGAAUAGGACAUCAGUCACAUAUUCAGACUGUCUUCAGUCCCAGUCUGCAUACGAGGAAAUGAGGACUGGAGAACAUCAGUUAUGGAGGCAUGCUUUACAUUAUCACCGGACAGCAAGGUUUAAAAAAUGUUUUGUUACUGUAUUUUUUCUUUGCCU